AUGUCCGUCCCCUAUAAAGCCCUCGCGGAUAAAGUCAAGUCCCAUGCAGCCGUACUGAGUUGGCCCUUUACCGCCCUCCACACGACCCUACGGAGGAAGGGGCGUGGCAAGCUCACACUAGAAGACGAACUCUUCUUUACGAAGUUCAGGACGAUACUCUUUACACGAUUGCCGCGCUCAGUGUGCCGCGUUGCCUUUGCCGGGGAUGCCAGCGCGAACCAGAUCUUGAGUCAGCCGCGGUAUGCUGCCGUCAGGAAGACUCUCUACCAGCGCGUCGAGAAGCCGUCCUUCGCGGGCUACUGGAUUUUCCGCCACUCCUUCACCGAGCCUCAGCCGCCCUCCUCGUCCGAUGUCGUCCUCUGCUACGUUCACGGAGGCGGAUAUGCCGUAUGGCAACCAGGAACGUACAUGCCUCUGCUGAUGGCCAUCGUCGAAGCGGUCAUCAAGCGCGGAUACACCAUCAGCCUCUUCGCGCUGGACUACUCCUUAACGCCGGAAGCUGGUUAUCCAACCCAAGUCGGACAGAUGGCGGGCAUGUACAAGUACCUCGGCGAAGAGAUGGGGGUGGACUACCAGAAGGUCGCGCUCAUGGGCGAUUCCGCCGGCGGUCAUCUCAUCUUGUCCUUCCUUACGCACCUGCACAAGCCGAUAUCUCUCUUGUCGCCCAACUCAUCAGAGGGUCUCCCUAGACCCGGUGGAGGCAUAUUCCUCAUAAGCCCAUGGGUCUCCUUCAACUCAUCCAGUCCGACCUACAAGAGUAACGACGGCCUCGACAUCAUCAACAAGCCCAUUAUCGACGGAUUCGCGCAGCUAUGGCUGACCGCGUCUAAAGAAGCUGCCAGCGAGGCGGCGAAACCGUAUCGCGAGUUCGUCGAUCCGGUGCCCACGUGGGCGGACAUACUCCCGAAGAGGGUGUAUGUCAGCUCGGGUAGCCUAGAGGUGUUCGUUGGCGACAUCGAUAAGAUGGUGCACGCAAUGCGGGACGCGGGUGCAGACCUGCAGUACUCUUGCGCGGAGAACAAGACGCACGAUUGGCAGUUUACGGAUAUCAGGAAAGUACAGAAGGAGUGGCUGAGCACGCCGUUGGAGAAGGAAAUCCCGGUGAUGUUGGCAGGGGCGGAGGAACUUGCGUACGCACUUGUCGGGACCUCCGAGCCCAAGUGA